GCAAUGCAAAUGUAAACCAACAAACACAAUUAAUACUGUAUCUACAUACCCAUUCUUCUCUGAUUCACAACCUCACCUUUGGCUUCAUGGCUCCUGCUAAGCCAGCUACUGCAUCUGCAGCUAAGAUGCAACAACAAAAAGAUCGCCACUCAACAUUAUCACUGGAGGACGAAGUGUUGAUGGGCCAUGUUCAAGCCACACACGCUCCUGAAGAUGAACUCAUUCACGAGUUUGAGGUCAAACCUAUUCUCCAAAUCAUCGAGGAUAUCAUGCGCCGUUCAACCCCUACCAUCAACAGCAUUGUUCAAGGAACUCAAGCUCAAAAAUUGGAUGCAUCUGAUGACAAGGCCCUUCGUAGUGUCAACACUGACAUGCCUGACUUUUUGGCACUCACAAUAAGCAAAAUUUCCUGCGAGAUAUCAUGCCAUUGUUCUGGAGAAAGAGAUACGCGCAACAACUCUAUGGCACUUCUCAAGACACUUUCAACCUACACAUGGGUUGGCAAAGUGGUGGUAGUCUUGGCAGCUUUCGCAGUGAACUAUGGGGAAUGUUGUCUUCUUGCUCAGCUUCACUCCACCAAUCCACUCGCCAAGUCGGUCGGAUUCCUUAGGCAACUCCCGGACAUAAAACAGGAGGGCUUCCAGACUCUGAAACCCAAGUUGGAGGCACUGAACGACUUCAUCAAAGCCUUGUUCGAUCUGAUCAAGAGCAUUAUCGAAUUUUAUGAGCUCCCGUCUCAGUACUUUACUCCCACUGUACCCGUUUACCAAAAUGCCAAUGCUCAAAUACCCACCAAAGUUUACUACAUUAUUGAGAGUAUUGUGGAUUGUGCACCACGAAUUUUGAACUUUAUGAGCUUGGGUCCUGAUUACCAAUCACCCAAUGAUGCUUGGCAGCUCUCUAUCUGCACUCUUAGGAUUAAAAACCUACACAUGCAACUGACGGACCAACUGUUUUUAUGUCGUCAACACAUUGGUAAGAAGAUAGAAAUUGACGAAUAUCAAGCCCUUGUGCGCCUCUUCCAGUCGACACCCCACUUUGAUAACACAGUGAUUAUGAAAAGACUUUUUGUUUACAAGGAGGAUAAGCCUGCACUCUAUGAUGCCAAGAAAAUGGCAUAUGAACAUGGAAUUGAUGUAUUGAGAAGGAAGACUGUGUUGCUAUUCAUUUCAGACUUUGAGGUCUCCCAUGAAGGAGGACUUUCCAUUCUCAUGCACAGGUAUGCCGAGUCACGGCAGAAACCAGAAAGGGCUGACAGCCACUACGAGGUGGUGUGGUUCCCGGUGUCGGUGGACAAAUCAACCCCUUGGAAUGAAGUGAAGAAAAAGAUUUUUGAGGACACACGAAUCAAUCCUUAUAUGCCAAUGCCAUGGUACACGGUGGCUGACCCUAGCUUGGUGGAUGGGGCAGUCAUCAGGUACAUCAAUGAAGAAUGGAAAUUCAACAAGAAGCCAGUGCUUGUGGUGAUAGACCCUCAUGGGACACCUGUGAACUACAAUGCAUUCCACAUGAUGUCGAUUUGGGGAAAUUCGGCUUUCCCAUUCACCAAGUCCAGAGAGACAGAUCUCUGGAACCAGGAAUUGACCUUGAAGGUUGAGUUCGUAGUAGAAGAUUCCAUAGAGCCAAUGAUCCUUAGAUGGAUGAGUGAAGAAAAGUUGGUUUGCUUGUAUGGAGGAGAUAACCUAGAAUGGAUUCGGAAUUUUACCACUCUUCUAAAAUCGGUUGCAAAAGCCGCCAACAUCCCAUUAGAGAUGCUUUACGUGGGGAAAAGCAAGCCGACCAAUAAAGUUGGGAAGAUCAAUGACACCAUUAUUCAAGAAAAAAUUAGUAGUGCACUGCCAGACAUAGCCGCCAUCUGGUGGUUUUGGUCACGGAUAGAGAGCAUGUGGCACUCAAAGGUCAAAAUUGAGGAAGACAAGAAGGCUGCAGACUCCGAUCCGAUAAUGAAAGACAUCCUGUCACUGCUCAGCUUCGAUUGCAGUAGCGAAGGAUGGGCUUUGAUUAGUAAAGGAUCUUCCGCGGAUAGGGAAGUGGCAAAAGCAAAGGGUGACAUUAUGACCAAAACUUUCGUCGAAUAUAAGGAAUGGCAGGAACGUGCGGAAAAGACUACUUUUAUAUUUGCACUCAAUGAGUACCUCAUAAAACUCCAUUCCCGGGAUGAUCAUCACUGCAACUAUCUCACAUUGCCUGAGACCGGCGAGGGAAUCAUCCCUGACAAGGUGGCCUGCAUUGACUGUAACCGUCCCAUGGAGAAGUACAUCACAUAUCGCUGUUGCACCGAUUAAGCUAUAUAUAUAUCAUUAUCAUGGUAUUUGCUACCGUGCAUGUAAUAAUGUCCCUUGCUCUCUAGUGUUGUGCGCUUUUUUUUUUUUUCAAAUAAUUCCCACAAUGCUCUAAGGCGUUGGUGGUGAUGUGUGUUGUGUUGAUGCAGUAUUAUUAAUAAAUGUUUACUAUGUUUUAUGUAA